CUUCGCUAUCUAUCCUCUCGUUCGUCUACACUUGCUAGAUCUAUCUUUGAAAAUUUGUUUGCUCGUUUUUAGAGCCCCAUACUUGACCAACAUGAAAACCGAUCUUUGGCUUCUGGCCGCUCUUUACUUCGGUGGUGCUGUUGAUGCUGCCAUAUCUUCCAACUACACUGAAGCUCUCUUGAGCUCCGGCACCGUCAAGCUUGGUGACUGGCAAGAUGCAUACGACAAGGCCUCGCAGUUUGUCAGUUCUCUGUCGACAACGGACAAAAUUUCCAUCAUUACUGGAGGAAGUGCCGGAAACUUCUCGGGUUUAGUUACUCUCGACUCAUCUUCAAACCCUAUCGACUACUACUUCGUUACCGCAUGGCCUGCUGGACUCGCAAUGUCGAUGACUUGGGACAAGGACGCAAUCACCGGACAAGGAAAAGCCCUCGGUGCCGAAUUCAAGGGCAAGGGCGUCAACGUCGCAUUCGCCCCCACUGUCCAGCCUCUGGGACGCUCCGCAUGGGCAGGUCGUACUGGCGAGACCUAUGGCCCUGAUUCGUUCUUGGCUGGUAUCAUGAGCGGCGCUAUGGCCAAAGGUAUGGCGAUGUCGGGUGUUACACCCAGCGCGAAGCAUUAUAUCCUCAACGAGCAAGAGACCAAUCGACAGGGUUCAACCACCGGCGGCGGAGGCGGCGGCGGCGGUGGAAUGCCUGGAGGAGACCCCACUACCAAUGGAACGGAUGGUGGCAUGCCUUCCAUAAGACGUCGUCAAAACUCUGGAAACACGACGUCGUCUUCGAGUGAGGCGUACAGCGCAGUGGUUGACGACAAAACUUUCCAUGAGACCUACCUCGCGCCGUUUUACGAUACUGUGAAGGCUGGAGUCGGUGGUGUUAUGUGCUCUAUGCAACGCAUCAAUGGCUCGUACGGUUGCGAAAACCAAGACACGCUGGGACGAUACCUCAAGGUGGAGCUUGGAUUUCCUGGAUUUGUCCACCCAGAUGCAGGCGCCCAACACACAGACUUCGACUCUGCGAAUGCCGGUCUCGACUAUGGUUCGUCAUCUUACUGGAGCAACUCUACUCUCAUCGCGGGAAUUGCGAAUGGAACGUUCACCGAGGCCCGCCUGGAUGACAUGGCUACCCGCGUCCUAAUCUCAUAUUUCCGUCAAAGUCAAGAGAGCUACCCAGCUCACGCCGGAUUUACCGAUGAUGUUGAUGUACGACAGAACCAUAGCGCUCUGGCCCGCACUUACGCAGCAAAUUCCAUCGCACUGCUGAAGAACACCAACAACGCACUCCCCCUCAAGAACCGACGCUCAAUUUCUAUCUUUGGUAUCCAUGCUGCUCCACGAUACGUAGGACCUAACACUGCUCUAUCAGUUAUGUCUGGCGUAGGACCCACAAUGGACGGUCAUAUGACACAGGUCGGCGGCAGCGCAAUGAGCUCAGCGGCUUUCAUCGUCACCCCAGUCCACGCUUUUGUUGAGCGCGCCAUGAAAGACGGCUUUAUGCUGCGAUGGUGGCUCAACGAUACUGUUACCACAAGCCAAAGCGGUAUGAUGGUCAGCAACGGCGCAGGUACCGAGCUUGUUGAGACCACUGUCGGCGUUACGGCAAACUCAGACGCGUGCGUUGUGUUUUUGAAUGCUUGGUCAGGAGAGGGCGGUGACAGGAGCGAGUUGGCGAACGCCGACCAAGAUUAUCUUGUGAACACUGUCGCGGACAACUGCAACAACACCAUCGUAGUUGUUAACACCAAUGGUCCCCGCCUUCUCGACCAAUGGGCCACUCACGAGAACGUCACUGGUAUUCUGUACGGCGGACCUCUCGGCCAGUCAUCCGGUCAUGCGAUCAACGAUAUUCUCUUCGGCGACGUGAAUCCCUCUGGAAAGUUGGUACACACCAUUGCGAAGAACGAGUCGGAUUAUGAUUCUGGCACGGCCAUCAGCGAGGAAUCUGAGAUCCAGUUCACGGAAGGCAACUUCAUCGAUUACAAAUACUUUGACCAAAAGAACAUCACACCACGAUACGAAUUCGGCUAUGGACUCUCGUACACAACCUUCGACUAUGGUGACAGUGUCGAAAUCUCUCCCGAUACUGAGAAAUUAUCUAGCGAAUAUGCUACCGGUUCACUCGCCGUCGGCGGUCGUGAGGACCUCUGGGACAUCGUAGCGGAGGCCAGCAUCAGCCUGACGAAUUCCGGCGAUAUCGCCGGUGCUGAAAUUGCGCAACUAUACGUCGAAUUCCCAUCUGCGGCCGACGAACCCAUAAGGCAGUUGCGCGGUUUCCAGAAGGUGAUGAUUGAGGCUGGUAGCACGGAGAAGGCAACCUUCCAGCUGAGACGUCGUGACUUGAGCAUCUGGGACGUUGAGACGCAGGAGUGGGCGAUCGUCAGAGGUGAUUACAUUUUACAUGUUGGCGCCAGUAGCAGAGACCUGAAAGUCUCGGGUACGAUAACUGUCUGAGUACCGGGAUUUUCUCGGUGGACCUUAAUGGUACAUCCUUGUCAUAGAUUGAAUAGCUUUAUCGGGGGUU